CUCCUAGACCCAUUUAAGAGCUGACUGCCAGUGGGGAAGGAUCUCUCCUGGAGAUCCUCUCCUCUGGAGUUUCUUAGUGAGCCCAAGAUAUGGGUUCUGUGACUGGCUGCCUCAGAAUUUUUUCUUCAUGCAAUCGUGUCUACCUGCACAGGCAAUCAAGUAAUCAACAACAGAGAUGCUUCUUUUCUCAGGGACAAAGAAAUGCUGUUUAUAGCGUAGUUUGGCCAGCAGUGGUUUCUCCAGCUCAUCCAGUUCCCGAGCACAUAAAGAAGCCAGACUAUGUGACGACAGGCAUUGUACCAGACUGGGGAGACGACAUAGAAAUUAAGAAUGAAGAUCAGAUUCAAGGCCUUCGUCAGGCUUGUCAAUUGGCCCGUCAUGUCCUGCUUCUGGCUGGAAGGAGCUUAAAGGUUGGCAUGACAACUGAAGAAAUAGAUUCCGUUGUUCAUCAUGAAAUAAUCAGACAGAAUGCCUAUCCUUCACCUCUGGGCUAUGGAGGUUUUCCAAAAUCUGUUUGUACUUCUGUAAACAACGUGGUAUGUCAUGGUAUUCCUGACAGUCGACCUCUUCAGGAUGGAGAUAUUAUCAACAUUGAUGUCACGGUGUAUUACAAUGGCUACCAUGGUGACACUUCUGAAACCUUUUUGGUGGGCAGUGUGGACAAAUCUGGUCAAAAGUUAGUGGAGGUUGCCAGGAAAUGUAGAGAUGAAGCAAUUGCAGCUUGCAGACCAGGGGCUCCCUUCUCUGUAAUUGGAAACACAAUCAGCUCUGUGGCACAGCAGGGCGGCUUCCAGGUGUGCCCCUUCUUUGUCGGCCACGGCAUCGGGUCCUACUUCCACGGGCACCCCGAGGUGUGGCACCACGCCAAUGACAGUGAUUUGUUAAUGGAGGAGGGAAUGGCGUUCACAAUAGAGCCAAUAAUAAUGGAGGGUUCUCCCGAAUUUAAGAUUCUGAAGGACAAAUGGACCGCAAUUUCGGUAGACAAUAAAAGAUCAGCGCAGUUCGAGCACACCGUCGUCAUUACCUCGGAGGGAGCGGAAAUCCUCUCUAAGGUGCCGGGAGAAGCCUAAGGACGCAGCGGGAAGUGGAGGGCUCGGUGUCUUUUGGGCGUCCUCGGCCCCGCAGGGACAGCGCUGAGCUCCGGGUGGUUCUGGGGGGACUGAGGGGACACGGGACGCGGUUCGGGGGCUCGCUCCGGGCGCGGUGCUCUGCGCGGUACCCGGUGAGUGUUGAAUAAAAGCCUCUUGGUUUGCGGCAGCAGCGGCUGAGCCUCAGCCCGCCGGGUGAAGGGUCCGGCCGUGGGGGAGCGGAGCAGAUUGCCGUGCGGGAUCCGCUCGCAGGGAGAGUGCGGCCGCUCUGUCAUCAGCGCCACUGAACGGGGCUGGAACUUACGCCGGGACGGAAAGAAAAGUUUGCGGGCGUGGCGGAGGGAGCGCAGGCUGCGGCCCCUUUCCCUAAGUUGUAACAGCAGCUCUCCCUUCCCUGCCCCGUCCCGUUUCUCUCUACGCCGCACAAGAAAGGAUUAAAAACGACGCAGAGCGCGCUGUUCCGGAGAGGGAUAAGCGCAGCUCCGCGUCGCGCACGGUGCGUAACGGGGCACUCCACGCCGGGAGCGCUCGCAGAGACGGAAGGGUUCUGCCCUGGGGGAGGGUUUGCUCUGCGUCCCUCGGAAUCGGCCCGACGGAGUGGCCGUGCGGCGGGGGGUGUCCCGGGCGGAGCUGCUGGGCCGCUGUUGGGACAGGCCGGGCCGGUACAGGCCGGGUGGGACGGCCGCUGGUUCCCUGAACCGUUUGUUUUUACUAGAGUACAGCGAGCUGUCAGUUCUAAUCAUUUCUAACAGCAUCUUUUUAAGAAGCAGGAUAAGUCCCCAGCCCGUUCCCAAUACCACGGGGCAGCCUUUCAGCUCGAUUGCCUCUUUGAUUAAUUUGGUAGACCUUAAAACCUGUACGAAUAAACGAUGCAUCCAACA